AACACCAAUACUAACAUUCGGUCUGUUUGCGUAGUCUAAAAUCUUCUAUUCGAUGUUUCAUGAGAUAGCCGUAUUGAAAGUAUAGCCCAAUCUUUAAGUCCCGUGUCAAAUGAUUACCGCGUUGGCUGCUAGGGCUUUUAAUAAUAUGCUGGCUAGAUUUCGCCGCAACAUGACGUUUCAAAAUGGACCUAGCUUAAAGGACGGAUGAGAAGAAUAUUGAACAGUUAUGCGCAGUUUUAAUGUAUGCUAAAUUGCUGUCAAUCUGAAAUACACCGCCGGGUAAUUCAUAUGUAGUUUUGAUGGGGGUUCAGUAGGCUCCUCACAAAUUUUGGGUUAGUCAAAGAAGGGUGCCACUAGCCCCACUGCGCUGCUGCUUGGCCAGACUACUACCAUGCUUGUUCCGCAAGGGUACAGACUCAAAAUGAAGGCUUGGGCCAACGCUAGACUGAAAUUCGAGCUAAUUAAGUUGGUCAGGCAGGAGGCUAUUUAAUUAUCCUAAAACAAAGAAAUAUACCAUUUGGGAAAGCUGAAUGAACAGAAGAUGUCAUUAACAUAAAAGGAUCAGGGGACAACUUCAAACAAGAAGAUCGUGUCCAUUUUGAAAGUCUCUUAUAUCAGUCAUCUUUGCUAACGGCGGUCUGACUCUAAAUGGCAAGCACACUUAGGAGGUCGUCUAUAAAAACACAUUCCUAAUAAGGAAAGCCUAAUAAAGUAUUGGGCUUCAUGGCAGGCAAUUAUUUCGAGUUCUAUAGUGACAGCGAUUUCGUACACAACUGUUUUAGUUUUAUGCAAAAUGGUUGCAUAACUAACGAACGUUUUUUUAUUGACACUGGUGUGACAACCUUAAUUUCUCAAAGCAGUUUUUGUCUACCUUGUGCAGAUGAAAUAAAGGGCUAAUCAAGCAACAUGAAUAUUAGCUGCUUCGACGAAAGUUUGAGCUUUGCGGCAUCCAUCGUUCUCUCAGUGUGGUUGGCCUCCUCCGGUUUAGCAGCUGUCAUUGGAAAUGCAGUAGUGCUAUGGUUGUUCUACAAAAACGAGUCUUUACGAACAAUUUCAAACCGAUUUUUAGCCUCGUUGUGCGCAGCAGACUUUUUAAUAGGGCUUGUCAUAAGCCCUGUAUGGAUGGUUAUCAGAUGUUGGAUUAAGCCGCCAGGAACAGCUACAGUCUUAAUCAAGGUUUUGGACAUGCUGUGGAUUCACUCAACUGCUGCUACAAUGUUUAACCUAUGUUGUGUUUCCGUUGACCGAUUUAUUGUCAUUCGCUUUCCUUUUCGUUAUCAGGACAUUAUAACCAAGAAAAGAUGUUACGCAGUGAUCAUAAUAGUCUGGUUAACCUCACUGAUUCUUCCAGCUUUUCCGGUUAUAUUUGAAGAUGUCGAAAACUUGUGGCCGUUCUUAAUAGUUCUAAUGGUUUAUAUUCCAAUAGCACUUGUCACUUUGUGCUAUGUUUGGAUUUAUAAAGCCGCUAGAAGACAAGCUACAGCAAUAAGACGGGUCACUCAGACAGGGGUCGAAUCAACCCUUGCUGUAGAGAACUAUAAAGCUAUCAAAACCGUUGGUUUUGUAUUGGGUGUUUUUCUGGCAUCUUGGAUGCCCUCUUCUGUUGUUUUUGUUGUGCAUUAUUUGGCAGAAAGUGACUCCUGUGCGGAUCACAAACUGUACACUGUUGUGUGGCCCUGGGUUGAGGCAAUCGCCCUCACAUCAUCAGCGAUCAACCCUUGGGUGUACUGCAUUCGUAAUAGCGAGUUUCGUCAAGCUUUACGCCGCAGUUUUCUUUGGUUUUUCUCAGUGGAAGUUACACCAGAACGAGAACGUAGCCCUGUUCCAUAUGGGAACCAGGGACUGUGAAAUGGCAUGGUAGUUGUUGGUUAUAUCACUGAAAGAGUCAGAGCUCCGAGAACGACUCAUACCAAUCUACUAUGUCGACCACAAUUAUGAUGUGAUUUUGAAGUGCGGUCUUGUUCAGUUUGGCAUUAAUAAAAAUAAAUCAUCAAGAAAACCAUGUCAAGCUAGUUUUUCUCUCCAUUAAGUUUAUCCUACUGUCAGUAUUUCGCUGUGAGAAGGCGACCAAAUUAUGCUACUUAAGAUGCUCAUACCCCUACCCGCAGGCACCCGCGCACACAUGCGGGCGUAUUAUGAGCGCGCGAUUGCAUAUUUUCAAAUUAGGCUGCCAUCUUAAAUUUGGUAACUCGAGGGGAAUUUGCAUAAGGUGUAGUCGUGAGGUGGAAACACUGCCCUAACCCUCUACCAGCCAAACAUCCAAUUAUAAUAUAUCCAUGGCGACAUUCGAAUACCUGGUCUAUCGAGCGCUCCGUACAAAGUAACAGCAACAAAAACAUCUAGCUUAAAACCAAUGAUAGCUUUGUAAUUUUGCAUAGUACGAACUGGAACGUUCUUUUCGUUGGAGUUUUGAUGAUCAGUUUCCCUUUUUAUUCUGCUGGCUUGUUUUCCGGCUCUUUAAAAAUGGAAAAAAAAUAAUAAAGCUAGUGACAAACGUUAUCUGAAGAAUGAAAAUUAUUCUCCGUGUGAACUCAUUUUGAAAUCGUUAAAUCAACCCCUACGCAGGGAGCAACUCGAUCACUAGACUACGAGUAGUCCCUCUUUCGCUUAGUCCGUAGUGCGUGACGCGAAAGAAAACCGCGAGAAAAAAAUGGCCGCGCGAAAUCCUAGAGGCGAGGAGCACUUUACUGUGGGGCUUAUUAUAGACCCUACCUGGAUAGCCAUCAGAUGUUGGAUUCAGCCACCAAGGACCAAUAUUUUUUAGAUCUUUUGAGGCAAGUAAUAAACUUGCUGUGGAUUCACACAACUGCUGCUACAGUGUUUAACGUAUGUUGUGUUUCCGUUGACCGAUUGAAUAUUUUCGAACUUUCGUCCUGUCUCGAAUUUAUAUUUUCUAUCCAAAGUUACGGAGAAAGCAGUUGCAGCACAAUUAAUGGACCACCUUAAUG